AUGGAUAGAAUCUCAGAGUUGCCUGAUUUUAUUAUUCAUACGAUCAUGUCUCACCUCUCGCCAAAAAAGGUAGCUCAAACUAGUAUUUUGUCAAAGAGAUGGAAUUAUUUACGGACAUCAUUCCCUAUUCUGGAAUUUAAUCAAAAUCACUUCAUGCGAAAAGGUAGGCUUACCGGAACCGGAGGCGUGUUACAUGAAAAAAGAUUUGUGAAAUUUGUUGAUGUAACCCUGGGUCGGUUCUGCAGACUUGAGUAUUGUAUGGAGAAAUUUAGGCUGAAAGUAUGUCUUUUUAAUCUUAAGAUAUCCUCUCGUAUUGAUGAAUGGAUACGGUUGGCAGUAGAGAAAGAGGUAAAAGAGUUUGAUAUUUCACCAUGUAGAAUUUACAAUGCAUAUAGGGAUGCAGUGUACACUUUGCCUCAAACGAUCUUUUCUGCAAAAUUGCUUACUACUUUAAGGCUGUCUAGUUGUAAGAUAGAGCAGCCCUCUGAUACUCUAAUGUUAUGUUCUCUCAAAAGUCUUACUUUAAAAGGAGUCUGUAUAAAUGAGCAGAUGGUCCAAAAGUUUACUAGUGAAUGCCCUUUACUUGAAGACUUGUUGAUUUGCAGCUGUUGGGGUCUUAAGCAUUUGCGUGUCUCUAAAGCUCUCAAACUCAAGUUCAUUCAGUUUCAUAAUCCGUCAGAUAAACUUGUUAGUGUUGAAAUUAUUGCUCCAAGUCUUCAAGUUUGUUGGCUUGUUGUAAAUUAUUCGAGCCGGCUGUGUAUUGACAUGGCUGGGUGUACACAUUUGAAAGAGUUACAUGUGAAUGGUGGCUCUUUUACAGACCAAGAUUUUCAUCAGCUUAUAUUAAAAUUUCCCUUCCUUGAGCAUUUAUAUGUGUAUAGGAGUAUGUUGCUUGAAAGGAUUAUAAUAUCAAGUGAUAGGCUGAAAAGAUUAAAAAUCCGUUCUUGUCCUGGUUUGAAGGCAAUUCAUCUUGAUACACCAAAUUUGAUUUCAAUCUCUUACUACUUGAAUUGGAUUCCCAUUGCUGUAACUAAUGCUCCAUAUUCAUAUUGGAAAGUUUCCAUCCGCCCUUACAGUGAUCUUGACACUAGUUGGUUCAUGAAUCUGACGAAAUUUCUUGGAGUAGCCAAUCAAAUUGAAGGUCUAUUCCUAUCUUUCAAUGAUCAAUCAAAACAAACUAUUAGGGUCCUCUAG